UUGAGCGUGCUCUCCUCCCUCCAUCCGGGUUCUCUUUAUAAGGAGGGUCGCGCGCUUGCGUGCUGUUCUCCGCUCAGUUCGACCUCUGGUGCCGAGGGACUGUGACAGACAGACAUCUUACCCGACUCCCAGCCGAAGAACCCACAAAACUCAAACAGCAUGUAUGCCUGUGCGAAGUUCGUGUCCACCCCUUCCCUGAUCCGUGCUGGAUCCAGAGUACUGUACAGACCAAUCUCUGCAUCAGUGUUGUCUCGACCAGAGGUCCGAACUGGAGAGGGAAAUGCAACAUUAAGUGGAUCCCCAAAUACCUGCACUCAAAUUGUACUGAGGGGAUUCCAGACCAGUGCAAUCAGCAGGGAUAUUGACACUGCUGCAAAGUUUAUUGGUGCUGGUGCUGCCACGGUUGGUGUCGCUGGCUCUGGUGCUGGUAUUGGAACAGUUUUUGGCAGCCUCAUUAUUGGUUAUGCCAGGAAUCCUUCCCUGAAACAGCAGCUGUUCUCCUAUGCGAUCUUAGGAUUUGCCCUGUCUGAAGCUAUGGGUCUGUUUUGUUUGAUGGUUGCUUUCUUGAUUUUGUUCGCCAUGUAAAUGCUCAACAUUCAAAUGAAGAUGUAAUCAAUAUUUCACUGUGGCUCCCGAUAAUAUCGUGUUGUCAAGGAAAUGUACAAAGUUUCCAAAGUCCUUUCAUUAAAAACAGUAACAAAACUGAGAA